AUGAUUAUCGUCGCCCUCGCCCUCGUGGCCGUCGCCGCCGCUAUCCCCGCCGACGAGCCCAUCAAGAUUAUCAGUGCUAACUACGACCCGAAGCCUGACGGCGGUUACAACUUUAAAUUCGAAACCGAGAACGGUAUCAAACGCGUGGAAGAGGGUUCGGUGAAGGACGUUGUUGACGAGGAGAACAAGCCCCACUCAGUCGUCGUUGUCCGCGGUUCUUACUCGUACGUCAACGCUGAUGGACAAUCUGAAAACAUUGACUUCGUCGCUGACGAGAACGGUUACCGCGCAGAGGGACCUUCCGUCCCCAAGGCCCCCGCCAGGAGAUAA